UCUCAGUUUGAACUCAGGGUAUUCCAUAUUCGUGGAGAACAUGCUGUAUCAACUGCUCAGCUUGAGGAAACCAUUGCAUAUCUGAAGAAAGAACUCGAUAAUAAAUUAAAUAGAAGAAAUGAAAAAGCAAAGGAUAUUGGUGUUUCAACUGAAGAUGAUAACCCACCAAAGACAUACCGAAAUGUAUGUAUACAGACUGACAGAGAAACUUUCAUAAAGCCUAGUGAGGAAGAAAACAGAGCUGUGAAAAAUAACCAAUUAGUACCCAAAAAGCUUAAUAUUUCUUCUUUGUCACAUAGUAUUUCUGCCCAAAGUGAAAAUAAGGACAAUUACCAUGUACAGUCCUCAGAAAGUGUCUUAUCUUGUCAACCAAAACAAAUGCUGCCACCUCCUCCACCACCACCACCUCCUCCUCCCCUUCCUGAUUCUUCACUACCAAGUUUAGUUCCUCCACCACCACCUUUGCCAACGGAUCUGACUUCACUGACGUCUCAGCUUGGAUCUGGUCCACCACUGCCACCUCCACUUUCUGAAGACUGUAGGAAUUUUCAAGCACCACCGCCACCUCCACCGCCACCGCUUCCGGGGUUGGGACCGCCUGUUCCUCCUCCACUGCCUGGAUCUGGGUUACCUCCUCCCCCUCCACCUCCUGGGCCUGGGUUCUUUUUUAAUAGCACUUUAUCUUCAAACCAAGGUCCUCGAAAACCUGCCAUUGAACCUAGCCGUCCCAUGAAGCCUUUGUACUGGACACGGAUACAAUUGCAAGGCAGCAGGAAAACUGCCAUGCCAACAUUAUGGGAAUCACUAGAAGAACCUGAUAUACUUGAUACUACUGAGUUUGAAUAUUUAUUCUCCAAAGACACCACUCAGGAAAAAAGAAAACCAUUAUCAGAGACUUACGAAAAAAAAACCAAGGCCAAAAAGAUUAUCAAAUUGUUGGAUGGAAAACGGUCUCAAACUGUAGGAAUUUUAAUAUCCAGUUUGCACCUGGAGAUGAAGGAUAUUCAACAAGCUAUACUGUGCGUUGAUGAUUCUGUAGUAGAUCUGGAAACACUGGAAGCACUAUAUGAAAAUAGAGCACAAAAGGAUGAACUGGAAAAAAUCAAGCAAUAUUAUCAGUCUUCGAAAGAAGAGGAACUGAAGCUUCUGGAUAAACCAGAACAAUUUUUAUAUGAGUUAUCUCAGAUCCCAAACUUCACAGAACGAGCUCAGUGUAUCAUCUUCCAGUCAGUUUUUUCUGAAGGCAUAACAUCAGUGCACCGGAAAGUUGAUAUCAUAACUCGUGUUUCCAAGGCUUUGCUGAACAUGACAAGCGUAAAGGAAAUUUUAGGUUUGAUUCUGGCUUUUGGAAAUUAUAUGAAUGGUGGGAAUAGGACCCGAGGUCAAGCUGAUGGAUUUGGUUUGGAAAUACUCCCCAAACUAAAGGAUGUCAAAAGCAGAGAUAAUGGUAUUAAUCUUGUGGAUUAUGUCGUCAUGUAUUACCUGCGCCAUUGUGAUAAGGAAGCAGGAACAGACAAGAGUAUUUUUCCUUUACCAGAACCACAGGAUUUUUUCCAGGCCUCCCAAGUUAAGUUUGAAGACCUAAUAAAAGACUUAAGGAAACUGAAGAGAGAUCUAGAAGCCUCUGAAAAGCAGAUGAAGUUAGUUUGCAGAGAGUCUUCUGAAGAGCAUCUCCAGCCCUUCAAGGAGAAAUUAGAGGAAUUCUUCCAGAAAGCUAAAGAAGAACGUAAAAAAGAAGAGAGCAGUUUAGAAAAUGCACAAAAAUGCUUUGAAGAAACAGUGGGAUACUUUGGGAUAAAGCCAAAGCCUGGCGAGAAGGAGAUCACACCAAACUACAUUUUCAUGGUGUGGUACGAAUUCUGCAGUGACUUCAAGACCAUUUGGAAACGAGAGAGCAAAAGCAUUUCCAAGGAACGGAUUAAAGUGGCUCAGCAAUCAGUAAGCAAGUUAACUGCAGAGAAGAAAGUUGAAACGAAGAAGAUCAAUCCUACAGCUAGUUUGAAAGAAAGGCUACGUCAAAAGGAAGCCAAUGUGACCACCAACUGA